UGGAAGCAAUUAAGUCAGGAACAAAUCCAGGUUUAACAUUGAUAGUUGGUCCACCGGGUACUGGUAAAACAGAUGUGGCCGUUCAAAUUAUUGCCAAUCUUUACAACAAUUUUCCCGAUCAGCAUACAUUACUAGUUACUCAUAGCAAUCAAGCUUUGAAUCAGUUGUUUGAAAAAAUAAUGGCACUUGAUGUCGACGAACGUCAUUUACUUCGCUUAGGUCAUGGAGAAGAAGAAUUAAAUACUGAAUUGAGUUUCAGUAAAUAUGGCCGUGUUAACUCAUUUUUGGAGAAACGACUUUCUCUGCUUUCUGAAGUAGAUCGUCUUUCUCAGUCAUUAGAAAUUGGUGGUGAGCAUGGAUACACAUGUGAAACUGCUGGAUACUUUUAUUUGUAUCACGUUUUAUCAAGAUGGGAACCUUAUAUAGAUAAAUGUAGACAAGGAUUAGAGAAUGGCAAUGUUGGAGUAGAGAUAAUAAGAAAUGAAUUUCCUUUUAGUAAUUACUUUAACAAUGCUCCACAACCACUUUUUCCGGAAGAUGCUGAUUAUGCUGAAACGUUAGAGAUUGCUGAGGGGUGCUUUCGACAUAUUGAAAAAAUUUUUACAGAACUUGAAGAAAUUCGUGGAUUCGAAUUGUUGCGAACAAGUUAUGAUAGAGCCAAUUAUUUAUUAACUAAAGAAGCCAAAAUAAUUGCAAUGACUUGCACACAUGCAGCACUCAAGCGACGCGAGUUAUCUUUAUUGGCAUUCAAAUAUGACAAUGUCGUGAUGGAAGAAGCAGCCCAAAUAUUAGAAGUGGAGACUUUUAUUCCUUUACUUUUACAAGAAACUGAAGACGGCCGAAGCAGACUAAAGAGAGUAGUGAUGAUUGGAGAUCAUAAUCAAUUGCCCCCUGUUGUGAAAAAUAUGGCAUUCCAGCAAUAUGGUAAUAUGGAACAGAGUUUAUUUACUCGAUUUGUCAGACUCGGAGUUCCUACUAUUGAUUUAGAUUCACAGGGUCGUUCACGACCAUCAGUCGCGAAAUUGUAUAAUUGGCGAUAUAAAGAUUUGGGAGAUUUAUCGUCUGUCACUGAACAGGAAGAAUACAAAUAUGCAAAUGCUGGGUUUACCUACGAUUUUCAAGUGAUAAAUGUCGACAACUAUAUGAGCAAAGGCGAAACAGAGCCCGUUCCGUAUUUCUAUCAGAACCUUGGUGAAGCAGAAUUCAUUGUUGCGGUGUAUCCGUCCGAGAAAAUUUCUAUUUUGACCACGUAUAACGGACAAAAAGCUUUAAUAAGAGACGUAUUAAAGCAACGGUGUUCUUGGAAUCCUUUAUUUGGUCGUCCUGCUAAAGUGACCACCGUUGAUAAAUUUCAAGGACAGCAGAACGACUAUAUUCUUUUGUCUUUGGUACGAACAAAGUCUGUUGGACAUAUUCGAGAUGUAAGACGUCUUAUUGUGGCAAUGUCUCGUGCUCGAUUGGGAUUAUAUGUUUUUUGCCGCCUCGCUUUAUUUAAAAACUGUUAUGAAUUGACACCGACAUUCGACGAACUGUUAAAACGUCCCACUAAAUUGAAUCUGAAAAUUAACGAGAUGUGGCCUUCAAAGAGAGAUGUUGAGGAUUAUGGUGAACCAUAUGAAAUAGCUGACGUAGAACAUAUUGGAAAAUAUGUAUAUCAAAUGAUGCAAGAACAAUUGGCCUAUGCUAAACAACAAAAAGCGAAAGAGGAAGAUACAUCUAGCGAACCAAAUGAUUCAGAAUAA